CGCCGCGGUCUUUCCCGCCCCAGGUUCCUGUGAAUCCCGGGCGGCCCCGGCCACCGUGCAAAAUCUGCCUCUUUCGUAUCCAACUUCUUCAGACUUCCAGCCCCGAAACUGGGACCUCAAGAGAUGGCUGCCCAGUGUGUCACGAAGGUGGAGCUGAAUGUUUCCUGUGACAAUCUUUUGGAUAAAGACGUAGGGUCAAAGUCAGACCCUUUGUGUGUGUUAUUUUUGAAUACGAGUGGUCAACAGUGGUAUGAGAUUGAACGCACAGAAAAGAUUAAGAAUUGCUUGAGUCCCAAAUUUUCCAAGACAUUUAUUAUUGAUUACUACUUUGAAGUGGUUCAGAAAUUGAAAUUUGGGAUUUAUGACAUCGACAACAAAACUAUUGAACUGAAUGAUGAUGACUUCUUAGGAGAAUUUGAAUGUACCUUGGGACAAAUUGUUUCCAGUAAGAAGCUAACUCGACCACUGGUGCUUAAAAAUGGCAGACCUGCAGGCAAAGGGAGCAUUACAAUUUCAGCUGAAGAAAUAAAGGAUAACAGAGUGGUCUUGUUUGAAAUGGAAGCAAGAAAACUGGAUAAUAAGGAUCUAUUUGGAAAGUCAGAUCCAUACCUGGAAUUCCAUAAGCAGUCAUCUGAUGGAAACUGGAUAAUGGUGCAUCGAACAGAGGUUAUUAAAAACAACUUGAAUCCUGUUUGGAGGCCUUUUAAAAUCUCUCUUAACUCUCUGUGCUAUGGAGAUAUGGACAAAACCAUUAAGGUAGAGUGUUAUGAUUAUGACAAUGAUGGGUCACAUGAUCUCAUUGGAACAUUUCAAACCACCAUGACUAAACUGAAAGAUGCCUCCAGAAACUCACCUAUUGAAUUUGAAUGCAUAAAUGAAAAAAAGAGGCAAAAGAAGAAAAGCUACAAAAAUUCAGGUGUUAUCAGUGUGAAACAGUGUGAGAUAACAGUGGAAUGCACGUUCCUUGACUAUAUCAUGGGAGGAUGUCAACUGAAUUUUACUGUGGGAGUGGACUUCACUGGCUCCAAUGGCGACCCGAGGUCUCCUGACUCCCUUCAUUUCAUCAGCCCCAAUGGCGUUAAUGAGUAUUUGACUGCUAUCUGGUCUGUGGGACUGGUCAUUCAAGAUUAUGAUGCUGAUAAGAUGUUUCCAGUUUUUGGUUUUGGAGCUCAGAUACCUCCACAAUGGCAGGUAUCACAUGAAUUUCCAAUAAACUUUAAUCCAUCAAGUCCCUACUGUAAUGGAAUCCAAGGCAUUAUAGAGGCAUAUAGGGCUUGCCUUCCUCAGAUUAAACUCUAUGGACCAACUAAUUUUUCACCAAUCAUAAAUCACGUGGCAAGGUUUGCUGCUGCAGCUACACAACAACAGACAGCUUCUCAAUACUUUGUGCUGUUGAUCAUUACUGAUGGUGCAAUCACAGACCUUGAUGAAACCAGACAAGCUAUAGUUAAUGCUGCCAAGUUGCCAAUGUCCAUCAUCAUUGUUGGAGUUGGAGGUGCUGACUUCAGUGCCAUGGAGUUCCUGGAUGGCGAUGGUGGGAGUCUCCGUUCCCCAUCAGGGGAGGCUGCCGUCCGAGAUAUCGUCCAGUUUGUGCCUUUCAGACAGUUCCAGAAUGCUCCAAAAGAAGCACUUGCUCAGUGUGUCUUGGCAGAGAUUCCCCAGCAGGUGGUGGGCUACUUCAACACAUACAAACUCCUUCCUCCAAAGAGACCAGAUAGAAAAUAAAAGUUGCUGUGUGUGGUCAUCUCAGCCGAAUUCCUUUGUGCUUUGUGCAGCAGUGGAUUCAUCUCUCACCCAAAAUCAUGAAUGUGUCAUUUUGUGUACUUUUCAACUUCAGCAUUUAUGAUGUACGCCUAGUUCUCCAUGGAUUAUAUCUGUUCAAUGCAUCCUUUUUUAUUUUUUUUAGGAGACUGUGCCAAGUUAAUCUUUGGCAAAUCAAUUCAGUGAUUGCCAGUGAUUUAUAAUAAUUGCAGUGAGGUUAUUGGAUUAGAAAGUCUGGGGAAAGCUGAUUUUGUUGUUGUUGUUUAUUUUCAUAUGAUGAAGAUGCUGUUCUUGAAUGAUUGUUAAAAGAAAGAAUGAAAAAUUGUUAGGAUGAUGUGAUUUGCAGAUUUCUGAGUUUUUUUUUUUUUUUUUUUUUGCUCUAGGGAGUAUAUAUUUUGCAAGCCAAUGUUCACACUUGAUUAAAAGAAUCUUUAAUAAGAUAAUGCUGAAUUAUUCCUAUAACUCUGAUUCACUGCUUUUCCAUGGGGUAAAAAAAAAAACACCUUCACUUGCCCCUGAAUUUUGCUGCAGUUUAAAAACUGCAACAUGUAUUUGCAUAGGACUUCAUGAAAAGUAUUGAUUGUGAGAAGGUAACGCAUUUAUUCAGUUUUUAAAAUGUACAAUCAAGUAAAAAGAAACUGAUGUACACCAUUUUCAUUUGCCUUUCUAGAUUUUUUUAUUUUGAUUGUGAAAUACUGUAAACAUGGUCAGAUUUGGCCUUCUGUAUCAUUGAUGGUAUGGGACACUUAGAAUUCUGUAGAUGCUAAGAUGAAAGAUUGUCCCGGAUUUUACACGAUUAGCUUAUUUUAUUUGGGAUUUAUUAAAAAAUGGUUAGGACUACUUUGACCAGGAAAACCAUGGGGACCAAACAUCAAAAGGGAAAUUCAGAAUUCCAUUCCCUUUUAACUAAUUAAAGACUUUACUUAUUAAAAAGGCAAUUUUUGUACUUUCCUAGCUAAGGUCACAUACACUGUUGUGUAUACAAUAAUUUAUACAUUUUUUCCCUUUUUUUAUAUAGCAUUUUUAGUAUGAUUUUAAAACUCAUACUGGUUAUCUGUUAGUCAAAAUCACAUUUACAUUUUACUCAUGUGUUAUUUCGUAAGCCCAGAAUGUAUCAUAUUAAACAUAAAAUCUGUUGUAACUUUGAAAAAAAAAAAAGUUUUCCA